AUGCUACUUGCUGAACAACCUACUAUGGAGGAAGUACAGAAGACAGUGUUUGAAUUAAAUGGAGAUAGUACUUGUGGACCUGAUGGAUUUUCUGCUAUUUUUUAUCAGAAGUGUUGGGAAGUGAUCAAGGCUAAUGUAUUUAAUGUUGUUAAAUCUUUCUUUGAUGGUCAGACUCUUCCCAAGUCAAUCACUCACACUAAUCUAGUAUUGUUGCCAAAGAAGAAUGUUGUUGAGUCUUUCUCUGAUAUGAGACCUAUAAGUCUUAGCAACUUUAUUAAUAAGGUCAUAUCUAGAGUAGUUCAUAAUAGAUUGGACAAAUUACUUACAAGGGUGAUGAUGGAGAUUGGAUUUUCUGGAGCUUUCAUUGAUCUUAUAUGGAUAUUGUUGGCAAAUAAUUGGUAUUCGGUGCUUUUAAAUGGCCAGGCACAUGGUUUCUUUCACUCUACAAGUGGUGUCAACCUGAUUUUGUUGGUUAUGGGAUGCCAAAAUGGAGUGCUGAGCUUGUAUCAUCUGGCAUAUGCAAAUGAUACAAUCAUCUUUUCUGCUGCAGACUACUACUCUUUAUAUAUGAUAGUGGAUACUCUUCAAGAAUAUGAGAAGAUAUCUGGACGGCUGAUAAAUAAGAGGAAAAGUUCUUUUUAUAUGUUCAGCAAAGUUUCAAAUGAGUUGAGUCAACAGGUUGCAGCAGUAACAGGAUUUGUGAGAGGGAAAUUUCCUUUUACAUAUCUUGGAGUACCAAUUACUCAUGCCAGGAAAAGGAAAGUGGACUAUACUGAGUUAUUGAAGAAAGUCAAAGACAAGUUGCAAACUUGGAAAGGAAAGUUACUGUCUUAUGGUGGAAAAGCAGUUUUGAUUACAAGUGUUCUUCAAAGUAUUCCAAUUCAUGUUCUAUCUUCCAUAAGGCCUCCUAAAUGUGUUAUUAAAGAACUACACAAGAUCUUUGCAAGGAGGAUUGGGAUUCAGGUCAUUUAUGACAUGUCAAAGCCUUAUGUACUAAUCUUUGGUGGAAGUUUAGAACCACUAGUUCACUUUGGGCUAAUUUUGAUGUGGAACAAAUAUUGUAAGAAGAAAAUUCCUCAGUUAGGUGCUCUCAGCUAUGUGGUUCCCCAGUCCUGGCAUAUCAAUGAUCAUGCUGAAGAUGUUUCUAAGCUUAUUUCAAAUGGAAGAUGGGAUAUUAACAAACUCAUGCAGCUAUUUCCUGAAGAUUUAGUGCAGCAUAUAACACAGGAAAUUGAUAUUAAAUAUGCAUCAAAUGAAUGGGACAGAUCUUAG